AGAUGAGGCUUGCGCCUGGCUUGGCAUGCUCCGCAGCGACUCUGCGGCGUGCCGGGCCCCAGCUCUCCGCACUCCGCGACCCUAGAAGCCACCAAGCCGCCGGCGGGCCAUGGCCACUCUGCCCAGCGCAGAGCGCCGCGCGUUCGCGCUGAAGAUCAACAGGUAUUCUUCAGCGGAAAUAAGGAAACAGUUUACUCUCCCACCAAACCUUGGCCAGUACCAUCGACAGAGCAUAAGUACCUCUGGCUUCCCCUCUCUUCAACUACCUCAGUUUUAUGACCCUGUGGAGCCGGUGGACUUUGAAGGACUUCUGAUGACACACCUGAACAGCCUGGAUGUGCAGCUUGCCCAGGAUCUUGGGGACUUCACUGAUGACGACUUGGACGUGGUGUUCACGCCAAAGGAAUGUAGGACUCUGCAGCCCUCCUUGCCGGAGGAAGGGGUUGAACUGGACCCUCAUGUCAGGGACUGUGUUCAAACCUACAUCCGGGAGUGGCUAAUCGUGAACCGAAAGAACCAAGGAAGUCCAGAAAUUUGUGGCUUUAAAAAGACUGGAUCUCGAAAAGAUUUUCACAAGACACUUCCAAAACAGACGUUUGAGUCGGAAACCUUGGAGUGCAGUGAACCCGCUGCUCAGGCAGGCCCCCGCCACUUAAACGUGCUGUGCGAUGUGUCUGGGAAAGGCCCCGUCACUGCCUGUGACUUUGACCUCCGUAGCCUGCAGCCUGACAAGCGGCUAGAAAACCUCCUGGAGCAAGUGAGUGCCGAGGACUUUGAGAAGCAGAACGAGGAGGCCCGGAGGACCAAUCGGCAGGCCGAGCUCUUUGCCCUUUACCCGUCAGUGGACGAGGAGGAUGCUGUGGAAAUACGUCCAGUACCAGAAUGUCCCAAGGAACACCUGGGCAACAGAAUAUUGGUCAAGUUGCUGACCUUGAAGUUUGAGAUUGAAAUUGAGCCUCUGUUUGCCAGCAUUGCCCUCUACGAUGUUAAAGAAAGGAAAAAGAUCUCAGAAAAUUUUCACUGUGACCUGAACUCUGACCAGUUCAAAGGAUUUCUGCGAGCUCACACACCUUCGGUGGCCGCAUCAAGUCAGGCGAGAUCUGCAGUCUUCUCCGUCACCUACCCGUCCUCAGACAUCUACCUGGUAGUCAAGAUUGAAAAAGUCCUGCAGCAGGGAGAGAUUGGAGACUGUGCAGAGCCCUACCUGGUUAUCAAAGAAAGUGAUGGUGGAAAGAGUAAAGAAAAGAUUGAAAAACUAAAACUCCAAGCUGAAUCAUUCUGCCAGCGUUUGGGGAAAUACCGGAUGCCCUUUGCCUGGGCACCCAUAAGCUUAUCGAGCUUCUUCAACGUCUCCACCCUUGAGAGGGAGGUAACUGAUGUGGACUCUGUGGUUGGAAGAAGUUCAGUAGGUGAACGGAGGACAUUGGCCCAAUCUAGAAGGCUUUCUGAAAGAGCCCUCUCCUUGGAGGAAAAUGGGGUUGGAUCCAACUUCAAAACCUCCACCCUGAGCGUUAGCAGCUUUUUCAAGCAGGAAGGAGAUCGCCUUAGUGAUGAAGACUUAUUCAAGUUUUUAGCUGACUACAAAAGAUCUUCGUCUUUACAGAGACGAGUCAAGUCAAUUCCAGGCUUGCUCAGACUGGAGAUUUCUACAGCUCCAGAGAUCAUCAAUUGCUGUCUGACUCCUGAAAUGCUGCCCGUGAAACCCUUUCCUGAAAACCGGACACGCCCACACAAAGAGAUUUUGGAAUUUCCAACACGAGAAGUAUAUGUCCCUCAUACAGUGUACAGAAAUCUUCUCUAUGUCUACCCACAGAGGCUGAACUUUGUUAACAAACUAGCAUCAGCCCGGAACAUUACAAUAAAGAUCCAGUUUAUGUGUGGAGAAGAUGCCAGCAGCGCGAUGCCGGUCAUCUUUGGAAAGUCCAGCGGGCCUGAAUUUCUGCAGGAAGUGUACACAGCCGUUACAUACCAUAAUAAGUCUCCUGACUUCUAUGAAGAAGUGAAAAUUAAGCUCCCCGCUAAGCUCACAGUAAAUCACCACCUCCUGUUCACCUUUUACCAUAUCAGCUGUCAGCAGAAGCAAGGAGCCUCCGUGGAAACUCUCCUGGGAUAUUCAUGGCUGCCAAUUCUCUUAAAUGAACGUCUUCAAACUGGAUCCUACUGUCUCCCAGUUGCCUUGGAAAAAUUGCCACCCAACUACUCCAUGCAUUCUGCUGAGAAAGUCCCUUUACAGAAUCCUCCCAUUAAGUGGGCUGAAGGACAUAAGGGAGUAUUUAAUAUUGAAGUGCAAGCUGUUUCUUCUGUGCACACCCAGGACAACCACCUGGAGAAGUUCUUCACCCUCUGCCACUCCCUGGAGAGCCAGGUGACCUUCCCCAUCCGCGUGCUGGAUCAGAAGAUCAGCGAGAUGGCGCUGGAGCACGAGCUGAAGCUCAGCAUCAUCUGCCUGAACUCCUCCCGCCUGGAGCCGCUCGUGCUCUUCCUGCACCUGGUGCUGGACAAGCUCUUCCAGCUGUCCGUGCAGCCCAUGGUCAUCGCUGGCCAGACAGCCAACUUCUCCCAGUUUGCCUUCGAGUCCGUGGUGGCCAUCGCCAACAGUCUGCACAACAGCAAGGACCUGAGCAAGGACCAGCAUGGGAGGAACUGCCUGCUGGCUUCGUACGUGCACUACGUCUUCCGCCUGCCAGAGCUGCAAAGGGACAUGCCCAAGUCAGGCGCUCCCACUGCCCUCCCCGACCCUCGCUACCACACCUAUGGACGCACGUCAGCUGCUGCUGUGAGUUCAAAGCUGCUGCAGGCCCGGGUGAUGAGCAGCAGUAACCCAGACCUCGCGGGGACACACUCCGCAGCGGACGAGGAAGUGAAGAACGUCAUGUCUUCAAAGAUGGCCGAUCGCAACUGCAGUCGAAUGUCUUACUAUUGCUCUGGCAAUAGUGAUGUUCCAAGUUCAACUACAGCCCCAAGGCCAGCCAGCAAAAAGCAUUUCCACGAGGAGCUUGCCCUCCAGAUGGUGGUCAGCACUGGAAUGGUGAGAGAAACAGUCUUCAAGUAUGCCUGGUUCUUCUUUGAGCUUCUGGUGAAAAGCAUGGCCCAGCAUGUACAUAACAUGGACAAACGGGACAGUUUUCGGAGGACUCGUUUUUCUGACCGUUUCAUGGAUGACAUAACUACUAUUGUUAAUGUGGUCACCUCGGAAAUUGCAGCCCUUUUAGUAAAACCACAGAAGGAAAAUGAACAGGCGGAAAAGAUGAACAUCAGCCUGGCUUUCUUCUUGUAUGACCUUCUCUCCCUCAUGGAUCGGGGCUUUGUGUUUAACCUCAUCAGACAUUAUUGCAACCAGCUGUCAACCAAGCUCAAUAACCUUCCAACGCUCAUUUCCAUGAGGCUGGAGUUCCUGAGAAUCCUCUGUAGCCAUGAACAUUACCUCAAUCUGAACCUUUUUUUUAUGAAUGCUGAUACUGCUCCAACAUCUCCUUGUCCUUCCAUAUCUUCCCAGAACUCAAGCUCCUGCUCCAGUUUCCAGGACCAGAAGAUCGCCAGCAUGUUCGAUCUGACUUCGGAGUACCGCCAGCAGCACUUCCUCACCGGGCUCCUCUUCACAGAACUGGCUGCUGCCCUGGAUGCCGAAGUGGAAGGAAUCAGCAAAGUACAAAGGAAAGCUGUCAGUGCCAUCCACAGCCUGCUAAGUUCUCAUGACCUGGACCCACGCUGUGUCAAACCAGAGGUGAAGGUCAAAAUCGCUGCCCUUUACCUGCCUUUAGUUGGCAUCAUUUUGGAUGCUUUGCCACAGCUCUGUGACUUUACAGGUGUAGAUACUCGCAGAUACCGCACCAGUGGCUCGGAUGAAGAACAAGAAGGAGCUGGUGCCAUUAACCAGAAUGUGGCUCUGGCCAUAGCAGGGAAUAAUUUCAAUUUGAAAACAAGUGGAAUAGUGCUGUCUUCCUUGCCCUAUAAGCAGUACAACAUGCUGAACGCGGACACUACUCGCAACCUCAUGAUCUGCUUCCUCUGGAUCAUGAAAAAUGCUGAUCAGAGCCUCAUUAGGAAGUGGAUUGCUGACCUGCCAUCAAUGCAGCUCAACAGGAUUUUAGACCUACUUUUCAUCUGUGUCUUAUGUUUUGAGUAUAAGGGAAAACAGAAUUCUGACAAAGUCAGUACCCAAGUCCUGCAGAAGUCAAGGGAUGUCAAGGCCCGGCUAGAAGAGGCUUUGCUCCGUGGAGAAGGGGCCAGAGGGGAGAUGAUGCGCCGCCGGGCUCCAGGGAACGACCGAUUUCCAGGCCUAAAUGAAAAUUUGAGAUGGAAGAAAGAGCAGACACAUUGGCGGCAAGCUAAUGAGAAGCUAGAUAAAACAAAGGCAGAGUUAGAUCAAGAAGCCUUGAUCAGUGGCAACCUGGCUACAGAAGCACAUUUAAUCAUCCUGGAUAUGCAGGAAAAUAUUAUCCAGGCGAGCUCGGCUCUGGACUGUAAAGACAGCCUGCUGGGAGGUGUUCUGAGGGUGCUGGUGAAUUCUCUGAACUGUGAUCAGAGUACCACCUACCUGACUCACUGCUUUGCAACACUCCGUGCUCUCAUCGCCAAGUUUGGAGACCUACUCUUCGAAGAGGAGGUGGAACAGUGUUUCGACCUGUGUCACCAAGUCCUGCACCACUGCAGCAGCAGCAUGGAUGUCACCCGGAGCCAAGCCUGUGCCACCCUUUACCUCCUCAUGAGGUUCAGUUUUGGAGCCACCAGUAACUUUGCAAGAGUAAAGAUGCAAGUAACCAUGUCGCUGGCAUCUCUGGUGGGCAGAGCACCAGACUUUAAUGAAGAGCACCUGAGAAGAUCCCUGAGGACGAUUUUGGCCUAUUCAGAAGAGGACACGGCCAUGCAGAUGACUCCUUUUCCCACCCAGGUGGAGGAACUUCUCUGUAAUCUGAAUAGCAUCUUAUAUGACACGGUGAAAAUGAGGGAGUUUCAGGAAGAUCCUGAGAUGCUUAUGGAUCUCAUGUACAGAAUUGCCAAGAGUUACCAGGCAUCUCCUGAUCUGCGGCUGACCUGGCUCCAGAACAUGGCAGAGAAACACACCAAGAAGAAAUGCUACACGGAGGCCGCCAUGUGCCUGGUGCACGCUGCUGCGUUAGUGGCUGAGUAUUUGAGCAUGCUGGAGGACCACAGCUACCUGCCCGUGGGCAGUGUCAGCUUCCAGAAUAUUUCUUCCAACGUGCUGGAGGAGUCUGUGGUCUCUGAUGACACCCUGUCACCUGACGAGGAUGGGGUGUGCGCGGGCCAGUACUUCACCGAGAGUGGCCUGGUGGGCCUCCUGGAGCAGGCUGCAGAGCUCUUCAGCACGGGAGGUUUAUAUGAGACGGUUAACGAGGUCUACAAGCUGGUCAUCCCCAUCCUAGAAGCGCAUCGAGAAUUCCGGAAGCUGACACUCACUCACAGCAAGCUGCAGAGGGCCUUCGACAGCAUUGUGAACAAGGUAGCGGGGGGAGGCUGGCUGGCAGGUCCUGUUACCUGGUGGCAGACGGCCCUCUUCUCAAGCACAUUUGGGGAUUUGGAUGAACAGGAAUUUGUUUACAAAGAGCCUGCAAUUACCAAGCAGGACUGGGGUCCUUUGAACUGCUCACAAUUAACCAAAGAUUCACUCCUUAGGGCAUUUUAUGGUCAAUGUUUUGGUGCAGAAUUUGUGGAAGUGAUUAAAGACUCCACUCCUGUGGACAAAACCAAGUUGGAUCCUAACAAGGCCUACAUACAGAUCACUUUUGUGGAGCCCUACUUUGAUGAGUAUGAGAUGAAAGACAGGGUCACAUACUUUGAGAAGAAUUUCAACCUCCGGAGGUUCAUGUACACCACCCCGUUCACCCUGGAGGGGCGGCCUCGGGGAGAGCUGCAUGAGCAGUACAGAAGGAACACAGUCUUGACCACCAUGCACGCCUUCCCCUACAUCAAGACCAGGAUCAGCGUCAUCCAGAAGGAGGAGUUUGUUUUGACACCGAUUGAAGUUGCCAUUGAAGACAUGAAGAAGAAGACACUGCAGUUAGCGGUUGCCAUUAACCAGGAGCCCCCUGAUCCAAAGAUGCUUCAGAUGGUGCUGCAAGGCUCUGUGGGAGCUACUGUAAAUCAGGGGCCACUGGAAGUAGCCCAAGUGUUCUUGGCUGAAAUUCCUGCUGAUCCAAAACUCUAUCGACAUCACAACAAGCUGAGGUUAUGCUUUAAGGAAUUCAUCAUGAGAUGUGGUGAAGCCGUAGAGAAAAACAAGCGUCUCAUCACGGCAGACCAGAGGGAAUAUCAGCAGGAACUCAAAAAGAACUAUAGCAAGCUAAAAGAGAACCUCAGGCCAAUGAUCGAGCGGAAAAUUCCAGAACUGUACAAGCCAAUAUUCAGAGUUGAGAGUCAAAAGAGGGACUCCUUCCACAGAUCUAGUUUCAGGAAAUGUGAAACCCAGUUGUCACAGGGCAGCUAAGAAAAGCCAUCUUCAUUCGUGGAGACUGUGGCCCUGCAACUCUGCAGAAGGACUCGCUGGUACUUAAAAAAUGGGACAUUUGCCACCCAGGACCGACUGUAUACUCCCCGAUCAGCCAGCACUCUGGAAGCUUUGGGAUCCAAAGAACCAUGGAAUUAUACCCAAAUGGACUCUGACCAGAUUUUUGCCAUACUAGGGGGUGGCGGGAUGGAGAAUGGGUACUCAGGCAUGACUGCGUAUUUAUUAAAGUGUGUUUUUUCACAAUGUACCAAACAAGGCAUAAGCAGCUUCUCCUGCUGACUGGCCAAUCACUGCCCAUCUGAGAGAUGAUUUCCUCUGGCCCAUAUUGAAUUUAUUGGAGUAACUCAAAAUGCCUGAGGAAAAAUGGAAAAAUUAUCCACCAAUCGAUUCAAACUGAACUUCACUCUUUAUAGGAAGGGAAGGUGAAGUUGUAGGAGUACGAAACAUUUUCAAUAAAUCUGCAAAGGGAAGUCUUACUACAAUUCUAAAAAUCAUCAUGGUUGGAAAUUUGGGAGUAGAUUAUUUGUGAACUUGUUACCCUUUUGGUAAUGGUGGAUUGUUGUAUAGUUAUUUUUGUUUUAUUAUUACUGUUAUGUUAAGUUAAUUUAACAUGCAUUUAUAGAGGAAUACAUUCAAAGCACUGAUGUAGGAGAUACACGGUACUUAGAGCAGUCAGCCAAAAAUCACAGAUACUGCUUUCACUUAAAUGGAAACAAUGCUCCAAUAAUACUUUGCUUUUUUUCUUAUGUCACUGUUGCAUACUAUCUAUUUUUCUCCUCUCUGGGACCAAGUUUCUUUUUCUAAAGCAAUAAUAUCUCUGUUUUCAUUUUAGUACAUUGUGCUCUCUGUCAGCAUAUGUAUAUUAGCUACAAAAUGUAUUCAACUUUGACUUCUUUUGACAAUGUACUUUAGGAAAAAGAGGAACAAAGACAUUAUUUGAGAAUUAAAUUAUAUAUUUUUAAUAUGACUGAUGACCUUGACUGAUAAUAAAGAUGUAAUAAGAAUUGCAAGCUAAAUGUU